GUAUUCUCGCCAUUCUGAGUCUGGGAUCACUGGGCAACCAAUUGUCAGCGUGGUGAUCAGGUCGCGCCGACGCCAGAGCGCGACAGGCAGCAGCCGCUGCAGACCACGAGGAACAUGCUGCACGAAGUGCUGCUCGCCUUGUCCGGCCAUCCGUCGCCGCUCUUCAACUCGACAACAAAUGGGGCCAAGGACGACUUCCCGCUGCUAUCCCCUUCAGAAGCCGCACUUCUCAAGUCCAUAGGCACGCUUUCCGAACUGCAUCGCAAGCUCAAACGACAUCUCGAAUUGAUUGCGUCUACGCAUGAGUCUGUGAUAUGUCGCGCCGUGGCUGCCUCCAUCCAGCAAAUGCAUCUGGGCAGGUUCCAGAAACACAUCUUGCAGGUCGAGGAGAAGAUACUGAAGAAAGAUGCGAGCCUUGUAGGCGCCUACGAAAUCGUUCCUCUGGCUUCGGUCGUGGCUGAAUUCGAUGAUUGGCACCGGGUCAUGAAUUGGUACUGGCAAGUCGCGUGCUUCAUGCUCGAUCCAAAUGGAAAGAACAGUAGAUGCAAUUCAGCCCGGCUCAUCGACAAAUUGCGAUUUUCGAUGCAGACCGGCUAUCCAGAGGUCGAAACUGCUGCCACCGAACUCACGCGAGUGGCGGAAACGUCGUGGCUACGACAGCUGACAUCGUGGAUUGUGCAUGGAAAGCUGCCUACGUAUGGCGCCAGAGACUUCUUCAUCAAAAUCGAGGGCUUGGAAGAGCCAAAGUACUUGAAGGAGAAGACACUUCUGCCUGCAUUCGUGACGCCCGGCACUGCUGCAUCUAUACUCUUCAUCGGCAAGUCUCUACAUCAAGUGGCUCACCAUCGGCGGUUAAGUCAUACAACUUCCUCUUCAUCAAUUUCUUCAAUCAGCGAUAACGAGCUCGCAACAGCUCAUCUGAGUCAACUCUCAUCCCUUACCUUACCACUCAUGCCAGCUCAAUUCUCUCGAGCGAUUGCGGAGAUUCGGCAGUCACUUUCGCGAAACGUGCUACAACGUUUGUUGCCACUCAACGAGACGACCAGACUUUUGAACUGCCUACAGCGAUUCUUCUUGCUUGGCCAAGCAGAGUUUGCAAGCGCGCUCAUUGCGGAAGCUGAAGAGCGGGUGAAGGCUCGGCAGCAGAGUAUGGGACGUCUGCUGGCGCAAGAUCCUGUGAAAGCGUUGCAAGGCCUUUCUAUAAAGGACGCGGAGCUCAGUCAAACAUUGCGUCAGGUUUGGAGAACUCUGAUGGCACGAGAGGAGCAUGCCGAAGACGAAGUGCUGGACUUUGGACAAGCAAACAUAUCUCUAAUCAACCCAAGAGCAGCAACAUCGCGUCCGUCUACUGCUGAUGGGCUGGAGGGGGAAGUUCCCCAGCUCUCGCCGGUGUCGUUCAACAACCUCCUCUUUCCGAAUCCCACCGAGCUGAAUCUGCGGAUCACACCACCCAUGGAUCUGUUCCUUUCUUCAAGGGACAUUGAGACGUACUCUUCCAUCAACUCGUACUUACUUGCCAUCAGAAGAGGGCAUCAGAGACUGAGCGAACUUUGGCGUCAAUCUUCGGUGAGAAGAGUUCUGCAUUCAUCUCGCGUUCAACAUGCUGCCUACCGAGAGAGGGAAACAGAGCGUGCAGCCGCAUCGAGAAGUGUGUGGGCGACUUGUAGCGCUGCAAUGCUUCUUUUGUCUGAGACAUCCGCAUUUUUCGAGGGCGAAGUCGUCAGAGGCUCUUGUGAUCAUUUCAAGCAAUGGGUCGAACAGUCGGCAUCGGACCCUCGAAGCUCAACACGGAGCGUGGACUCGACACAGCGUGAUGAGCUCACGCAGCGUGAUCCGGAGACAUUGGCACUAGGGCAUCGCCUGUUCCUGGCAUCUUUGAUCUACGCACUCUUACUCACUGACUUGUCCUACACGAAAGAAAUACGUUCUAUGCUUGGCAACGUCGACAAUCUGGUCGCAUACUUCACCCGACUUUUGGGCAUUCAGCAAAAGGCCGAUGGUGAAGAGGAGGCGACGGGCGAAGUCUCACCCCAUCUGCUCGACGAAGAGCAGAAGAUUAUCUUGGAGCUCGAACGUGCGAGGGACAAGGUGGACAUGGAUGUGAAGACGGUCAUCAGCAGACUCAGGCAGCUUGAUCAGGAGAGAGUUGGGUCAGCAAGGUAUUUGGAUUUCAAGGCUGCCCAAAGAGGAGACUUUGAGAUUUGGAAGGGUGGCGGAGUGGAUCGUCUACUCAUGAAGCUGGAAUUCGGUCGCAUGAUGGACGACUAUGCCAUUGCGAGGGGGGAUACUUUCUAGCUGUCGUCAGGCAAUGAGGCUCCAGUAGGACCAUUUAUCCAAUCAGAACGCUCUAUAGGUGAGCGGGGACAGCCGGCGCU